AUGGAGUUUCUCGAUUUAAUCGAUCAGCCUUCCGAUGGACAAGUUGCCAUCAUGAACGUGGAUGAAGCAACUCGAGUGCUUUGCUACACAGAUACCGACUUUCGCGUCCGUGAAUGGGUUUUACAUAACCGCCAGUGGCAAGGCGGGCAUGCGCACAAUACUAUCGUCUAUGCAGAUCAACAAACCCCUCUUGCAAUGAUAUCUAUUGACCUAGGCAACAAUAUUAAGGGGAUUCGGGUGUAUUAUAUACAUGAAGGUCGCAUCAAGGAAGAUUGUUUUGACGGGACGUUGUCUCGUAUUGUCAGCUUGCACAGAACGUGGUUCAAGGGGGCGCUGACUGAUAGGGAGCUCGAACCUCUGGAUAUUUCGAGGCUAGCUGUAACUAUCGGUCGUCUCAAUGGACGUGGGAAAGAGACCGGGAAGCUCCAGCACAUUGUGGUGUACCAGGAUGCACACCUUAACUUGAAGGAAGACAUCAAGAUCGGUUGCGGAGAGUGGGAAUCUGGUUGGUGUCUCCCUGUGCCGCCAUUGCUCGGUGCCAAGCGUGGAACUGGUAUUGCCGCAAUUUGGAAGGAUGGCAAGGCCCACGUUUAUUUCCAGGCAACUGACAACGGCAUCUACGAGGCUACGCGGGAAAACGGGACCUGGAACCUAAGUGAGAAGCUGUUCGAGGCCAGACCAAACACACCUCUGGCAGUAGGCCUCUCAUCGAAAAAGACUAUUCACCUAUUCUACGUCAACGAUCAAGACUGUCUGAGUACUAGAUAUCGACAGGGGUCUGACUGGAUGCUAGAAGGAGGCAACGCAUCGAGAACGGUCUCUCGGAAUUCGUCGAUCUCAGUAUGCCUUGUCCCGGCCCGAGAUGGGAAGGAAAUUUGGAACAUCGUCUAUGUCAGAGCUGCUGACGCUGUUCAACGACUCCCUGUGGGGAGCACUAACUGGACGUCACAAAAAUCGCGCUCGAUGUCACGGAAUGCUAUGCCAUUCAACGUUGCUUGGAUGCUAAGGAAUUACGUCGUGGUACCACAGCCCAGCCCGGAGGAGGAGAGCGAUCGUUUCUGCAUUGAACACAUAGAAGCUACUCACUAG